UGCUCCACCCCACCACCAGCAAUUACUUCCUCCCGAUCUGUCUUUCCUUUCCAUCUGUCGGAUGCAAGAGCUGAGCUGAAGAGCAACACAUCCUGCCCAGAGGAAAAAGCACCGAACCCGGAGCUACGAGAUUUCAGCAGACGAGGAGAUAAGGCUGGAGAGCAGCAGGGCAGAAUGUCAGAUUCUCUGGUUGUGUGUGAUGUAGAUCCGGAGCUCAUUGAGAAACUAAAGAAAUUUCGUUUCCAGAAGGAGACUAACAACACAGCUUUAAUUAUGAAAGUUGACAAAAAUAGACAACUGGUGGUUCUGGAGGAGGAAUUUCAGGACAUCUCUCCCGAGCAGCUGAGUAACGAGCUACCUGAGCGCCAGCCCCGAUUUGUUGUCUACAGCUACAGAUACACGCACGAUGAUGGGCGGGUCUCUUACCCCCUUUGCUUCAUCUUCUCCAGUCCAGCUGGGUGCAAGCCGGAGCAGCAAAUGAUGUACGCUGGAAGCAAAAACAGGCUGGUGCAGAUAGCUGAGCUCACAAAGGUCUUCGAGAUCCGAUCCACCGAAGAGCUGACGGAGCAGUGGCUCAAAGAACGCCUGGCUUUUUUCCGCUAACCCCGGGUCAUUCCAAGAAGACCCAAGUUGUCACUUGAGCCCCAGCCUCCACUCGGUUCUGCCCUUCUCUCUCUAGAGAUACCGCCACCGGGAGGCGCAUAGCAGAAGCUGUCGCUCCGUCACCAUCUUUGCUCCAUCAGCUUUUUGCUGGUAACGAAAAUGUCUGCAAAU